AUGAACUGCGACAUCUGUCAUCGACCGCACCAUGGGCAGAAACUUCCAUUCCUCUGCGCUGUCGAUGCGAGAAAUCGCUUGUACGAAGGGCGUGUUGCCCACGCCAGGGUUUUGAUUGAAAAUGAGGAAAUCGAGGAGAAGAUCAACGAAUUUCUGUCUCGAGCCACCUAUAGUUCAUCACAUGAUGGUGCUGGGAUAGCCUUUGAACUCGAGAAGGCGAAGGCCGAAGAAGUGCGAGCUGCAGACAGGACUAGUCAGAUCAUCGCACAGGCCGACAAGCUGCGCACCGAAGUCGAGGCCGCGAGGAAGGAGAUUGAUGAGCGCAGGAAGAAGGUAGCCAGCAGGAAGGCAGAUCUCGCUGCGGCUUCAGAGGACAUCACUGAACGCCGCAACACGCAAGUCGAGGAUAUUCAGAGGGCCAUUCAUGCGACUAGGUACAGGUGGCAUAAGGUAUUUGAAAGUACGACUGCCACCAGGGGUUUCUUGUGUAUGGAGGCUGCGCGGGUGUACGGCCUCCGCCGCAUCAAGAAGAGCAACACAUACGAGCUCGGUGGAAUCGAGAUUCUGGAGCUUCCUGCAAUGAUCAACGCAUCCCCAGAGGCCAUCACGACCUCGCUUGCCCACAUUGCGCACAUAUUAUCGCUGGCUUCACACUAUCUAGCUAUCCGCCUGCCAGCAGAGAUCGCAUUGCCUCAUGCCGACUACCCUCGGCCGACGAUUCUCUCUUUAGCCUCUUCGUAUCGCCAUGGGGAGGUACCCUUUCCCGGGACGGUCGCCAUACCUCCGACUGGACCGCAGGACCCAAACCCGAAGCAUACGCCACGGCCUCGACCACUUUUUCUCGAAAAGCCCCUGUCGAUUUUGGCGAGGGAAAACCCGUCGACAUAUUCGUUGUUCAUAGAGGGGGUGGUAUUACUAGCCUACAACAUUGCGUGGGCUUGUUGCACACAAGGUGUACCCAUAGGAGACAGAACAUCCUACGAAGAUGUCUGUAACAUGGGGCGCAACUUGUACAACCUCCUGAUCGGGAAUCAACUGACCAACAAUCCUGCGUUGCGGCUAGCGCAAACGCCUGAUGAGACGGAGGCCCCUCCAGAAUUACCUACCGACCAGUUCGGAGGCAUUUUGAAGCCCAUGAUGGGCCGCUGGUCUCACGGAACGGCGCAUACCUUUUUAGGUAGUGCAAUAGGCAAUGAGUUUCUCAGGACUUUCAAGCUCCCCAAUCCAGUCAAGGUAGCGGAUCGCCUCAGGAAGAAAAUGCUCAACGACGCGGAAGGGCUGGACUGGGAGAUGCUCGAAGACGAGGCCUGGGCCCCAGAAGAACCUAUGGAAGAUGGUGUGCAAGAAGGACGGAAGCCCCCAGGGGAUGGGGAGCCCGAUCGACGACUUUAUGAGAAUGCGAGAGGAUCCGGCACGAGCGGCUGGACAAAGCUCAAGUCGAGGUGA